ACUGCGCCUCUACGUAAUGUCCAGUUUCUUCAUUAUGCUAAGGGUGGGCAAACAAGGAAGUCUUUACUUACACUCGCAAUGGCACUUCGAAACGCUGGCAGUCGUUUUUGGCCGGUCGAGAAGAUUACUCAGAAAGCCUUUGGUCGAACGCACGAAGUUAAAACGCAAGAGGACAUGUCCGAUACAAGUGAGUCAUUUGGACCAUUUGGUGCUGACUGUGAAAAGCGUCCCCGACACCAUCAAUUUUUUAUUACGUCAACUUUGGGAAUGGAGGUUGUCACGUUCAAGGGAAACCGUAAAGCUCUGGGCUUUGGAAAGCAGAAGUUUAACCUUCAUCAGCUCGGCAAGGAGUUCGAGCCUAAAGCUAAGCAUCCGACCUCAGGCUCUGCAGAUUUGUGUCUCAUCACCAAAACCCCUCUGACUACCGUAGCUGCACACCUGAAGGUGUGUGGAGUGCAGAUAGAGGAGGGCCCAGUGGAGAGGACUGGAGCAGUGGGGGCAAUAACCUCUCUGUACUUCCGAGAUCCAGAUGAAAACCUCAUUGAAGUGUCCAAUUAUCACCAAGAAGCACCACAGGAAUUUUAAUAAGAGCUUGCUCGUUUUUAGAUGAAGUAUCUGUUCUGAAAAUGCAGUGAUUGACCAUUCACGUGGAAGCGAGGCCUUGAGUGAGGAUUUACAUGAUUUAAUUCACCUUUUGCUACGUAUGAAAUGUUUAAAAUAUUUGCAUUCAGGUGCAAUUUUAAGUCCUUGAGAAUGCUACAAAUGUGUGACUCGUUUUAAAUGAACCACACAGUACAAACUGUAUUCACCCUUUUAAUUGUAAAAUAACAGCUCAUGUCAUAAAUGAAUUCUUAAAAUAUUUCAAUGUUUGACUCAUAUAUUGUGAAGUAAAGCAAGUAAAAUAAUAAUCUGCGGGAAUGAUAUUGAUGCUGUAACGCCCUAUGUGUAGAAAGGCAUCUUAACUUUGUUUUUGGCUUCAAAGUAAAAUGUUCAUUGGGACAUGUGGCCUCAUGUUCAAGCUGUAAUUCUGUAUAUUCACUG